UCAGGCGUAAGGUUGCUAGGUUACUGUCUAGCGACGGCCCUAGCGACGGUCGCCGGGGGAGACGGGAUCUGUCUUCUGGCCCCGCCCACAGGAGGGCCCGCCGUUCCCUUGAUGACAUGGCUCCUCCCUCUCCUAGCAACGACCCCCCCCUGCUCAGAGUGAAGCGAUUGGACGAGGAAGAGCUCCGUCCCCCCGCCGGCCUGCAGAGGAUGAAACGCAUCGACGCCAUGGCAACCGAAGAACUGCAUCAUGGGAGUCGUAGUCGUAGGCGGAGGAGAGCGGCUCAGGACUACGAUCCCCAGAUACUGAUGGAUCAGAUCCUGGAGUACAUGAGGGAGUGAGAGGAGGAAGAGGAGGAGGAGGAGGAGGAAGAGGAGGAGGAAGAGGAGGAGGAAGAGGAGGAAGAGGAGGAGGAAGAGGAGGUGGAAGAGGAGGUGAUUAGAGUUUCAGGAUCUGUUUCUGUAAUUUUAGUGUUUUGCUGUUUUCAGUGAAAAUGUUGUUUGUUGUUAAAAUGUUCAGAAAUGAAAAGUGAUGAAGAUAUUAAAUUCAUAAAAUCUGUUGUUUCUUAAAAAGUAUUCCUAGAAAGUUCCAGAUGUUUUGUGACAGGAUUAUUAUUUAACGCCAAAGAACAAACAACAACAAAAAUAACAACAUAAUUCUGACAUUAAUUCAUACAAGUUAAAGAAAGCUGGUUUUAUGAACAAUCCCAAAUAUUCGGUCUAAAGACUUUUGUUAAAAUAUAAACCAAAGACAUUUCAUCAUUCAUAAAGACAAAUAGACUGGGCUAAUGAACCUGUUCUUUUAUAGAAACUCUUCUAACUAAUAUAAUAACUUUAUUUUAGAUGUGAUUAAUACCACAUGUGCAGGAAACUUUCUCAGAAAUUACAUUUUUUCCUGAGUUUGUUGAAGCGGCAUUAAGCACUACAUUACCCACAAUCCUCUGCUGUCAGUGGAAGAUCCAGAGUUCUGUCCACAGCUCUCAGAGAUCGGCUGCCUGGCAACAGAGUCUGAAGCUCUCUGAUUGGUUGUCUGUGACAGCAAUGCUCUCUGGGAGUUGUAGUUAACCCCGCCCACUUUGAUUCUCUGAUGAAAAUUCACUUUUAUUAAGAUCACCAACAGGUGAUCGAGGGUGACGGCAAACGUGUUGACGGCUCAUCUGCUCUGUGAUUGGUCCAUUCAUGUUGCUUUCAUGUACUUCAGCUUCAGUGUGGUCUCUCGUCUGUUUGUAAAACUAAAACGUUUUAUUUAUCUCACUCUGAAAUAAAGUAAAUAUCCACAAAC